AUGAAAAAACUAACAUCCAAAAACAGAAUUUUUAAGGAUGGUGUUGUAAGUAAAACACCAAAAGUUGUAGGGGUGAUUUUUAAGGAUGAAAAUGGGAAGCCAAUGCUGGAAAAUGAUAGGCAUAGUGAAGUGAUAUUGUCAAGUAGGGAAAUUGGGACUCCUCAAAUGCUAUUGCUAAGUGGAAUUGGGCCUAAAGAUGAACUCCAUAAAUUGAACAUCUCAGUGGUCCUUGACAAUCCUUUUGUUGGGAAAGGAAUGGAAUUGUGCAUAGUAGAUGAGCAACUAUCAAGAAGUGCUACCAUCAGAAGUAAAUUUUCAUUUUUACAUGAUAUAAAUCAAAUUGGACAACUUUCCACAAUUCCUCCAAAGCAAAGAUCAUUAGAAGCUGUUAAAGAUUAUGUGAAGAACAAGCGAGAUGUAUCGGACGAAGCAUUCAAGGGAGGAUUUGUCUUGUCAAAAGUUGCAAGUGCUUGGUCAGUAGGUGAGCUCAAGUUGAACAGCACCAAUGUGGAUGAAAAUCCUAGCGUUACCUUCAACUACUUAAGUCAUCCAUAUGAUCUUCAACCGUGGCGGGAACACCGAACGGCGACUCUGAGAUUGACGGUGACGGAGUUCGAGAAAGGGACAAUGACGACUCUGAGAGUGAAGGUGACAGAUUCGAGAGGUCACAUGUUCGGCGGCGAUACUCACGGCAUUGAGAGGAAUGAGAAUCAGUGA